GAUGGUGAAGAACGUGUAUUUAUUUUCGAAUGAGUAGCUGCGUUCACGUGUAUAAUACAAGUGAUGUGUGUAGCAUUAUUUUAACUUAACAACUUAAAAUGAUAUGUAACUCAACGUAAAACUAAUUGAAUUCCAAAUUAAAUUUCGUUCAAUUGUGAUUUCCAAAAUAAAAUAAAAAAUUAUUCCAAAUUCUGUAAACAUUUGCCAGCAUUUUGAUCGUAAACAUUCGUUACGGUUCUUUGAGAUCUAUUUACUUUAUCCAUAUAUGACGAAUGUAAUCUCUAUACGUGAUUCAAUGUGAAACUAGUUUUUCCAUAAAUAUAAUCGACUGUGAACUGAUUACAUUGGAGGCUACCAGAUGGUUGACUUUAAUUACAAAUUUCAUUUAUUGAUCAAAAAUAAAUUAGUCUAAAUUUCGGUGUAAAUCACUACAACGAAUAAAGAAAAGAAAGAAAAAUGCAAUAGACCAUCGGAUACAAUUUCGUUUAUAUAUAAUACCAGUGCGUUACAUGUGUUUCAUAUUCUGUGCAUAUAAAUUUGUUUGUUUGGAGUAACUAUGGAUUUAUUUUCUUGAAACAUUCGAAGAAAUUUAUUGAAAAAAAAAAGUUUUUUUUUGUUUAGUAAUUUCACCCUUUACUUGGUAACAUAGCACCGAUGAAAUGCGAAGGAAGGCGAAUGGCAAUACUAUGGCGCACUCGUCCGUCGACUUUUUAUCGGCAGAGAGCAGCGACAAAUUGGAUCCAGCCGGCCAACAAUUCUCAUCGCCUUUUAUCACAGGGGGGCCAAUUGGCUCCAGAGAAGCAGUUCUAGUGUUUAAAACUUCUGUUCUUAUGAACAAUCACUCUCAUCAUCUACACAGAGAAAGUAGUUCUUCGUCAAUGGAAAAUGUCAGUGAUAAAAUUUCUAAUCAGCCGACCAGCAGUAAACUAGCAAGUAGAAAGGGUGGAAACACUUUAAAAUUCGAUUUGAAGCCAAAGUAUAAAAUCUACGAGAAAGGAUUGAAAAAACGUACGCACGAUUCGUUGUCAUCGAGUGAGAAUUCCAUAUCGGGUUCGUUCGAUGAUACCUUAGAUAUGAGCGGAGCUGUUUUUAAGGCUUCGGGUAGUUUAAAUGAAAUGCGUGAUGGUUUGUUCAACGAAAUGGAUGAAAAGAGUACUGAGGAUGAAGAGAAGGAAAAUAAGUUUUUUACGGAUAUGCCAGCUGCUGCACUGAACGUAACAUAUCGAUUUAUGAACACUGAGACGAAGUUACUUCGUAAAAUAUUAUCUAGUCACGGUCUAGCCGAAGCAGAAGAGAAUCAAAACUUUAAUUUAUUGUGGACUGGCGUGCACAUCAAACCGGAUAUGUUUCGAAACUUAAAGCCAUAUCAGCGCGUCAAUCAUUUUCCGAGGUCGUACGAGCUGACACGCAAAGAUCGUCUAUACAAAAACAUUGAGAAAAUGCAACACUUACGCGGAUUCAAACAUUUCGAUUUUGUUCCAUUGUCCUUCAUGCUGCCGCUACAAUAUAGGGAGCUGGUAUCGGCUCACAGAUCGGGCCAAAAAGGUCCUUGGAUUGUUAAGCCUGCAGCGUCUAGUAGAGGUCGUGGCAUAUUUAUUGUUAACUCACCCGACCAAAUACCCCAAGAUGAGCAUGUUUUGGUUUCGCGAUAUAUUGCUGAUCCAUUGUGCAUCGAUGGACAUAAAUGUGAUAUUCGACUAUAUGUCGCCGUAACAUCCUUCGAUCCGCUACUGAUCUACCUAUACGAGGAGGGUUUGGUACGAUUGGCUACAGUCAAAUACGAGAAAAAUUCCGACAAUUUAUGGAACCCGUGCAUGCAUCUCUGUAAUUAUAGCAUCAAUAAAUACCACUCGGACUACAUAAAAGCAACGGCGUCCUGUGAAGAUGUUGGCCACAAAUGGACGUUUAGUGCGUUGCUGCGACAUUUAAAAAACCAAGGCUGUGAUACCGCCGAUGUAAUGGCUAAUAUUGAAGAUGUGAUAAUCAAAUCAAUUUUUGCUUGCUCUCAGUCGAUCGUAUCGGGAUGUCGAAUGUUUGUACCGAAUAACAAUAACUGCUUUGAAUUGUACGGUUUCGAUAUACUGAUCGAUGAUACAUUGAAGCCGUGGUUGUUGGAAAUUAAUUUGUCGCCAUCGUUAGGCAUUGAUACUCCUCUCGAUACGAAGGUGAAGGCAUCACUUUUAGCUGAUCUAUUGACCCUAGUUGGUCUGCCGGCAAUGUCGAAUUUCGAUCGUCAAACAUGUGACAGUAAGUGGAAUCAAUUCAGGACUUUAAGUCGACGGGCUAUGUCAUCGGAACAUUUAUCGACCACGAACAAAAAAGGUUCGACCGUUAAGCAAUUGAGCGCUGAAGAGCAACGGAUCGUUCGCAAUGCUCGGGCACAAUAUGCUCGAAAGGGGGGAUUUGUACGUAUAUUCCCAACGGAAGACAGUAUGCACAAGUACAGCCUAUAUUUGGACUCAUCAACCGGAGUUCCGAUCUCCACAUCCGUUUUGGGAACAAACAGCUGCUUGAUGAUCAUACCGCAUAAUUUCAACAUGAUGCUGUUUGCGCAGCUGUUUUCAUCGAAAUGUCGGUCCAAUACCAACGGCAAACUGAGCGAUCGCAUGAAACAGUAUGAACGCACAUUGGAGGCGGACUCAAUUAUAAAUUUAGUGUCUCCAACUGUUGAAAACAAGUGCAGAGACGAAGCGCGUAGAUUGCGUAAAGAGGUGCGCUGUCUCAUCGAAAGUGGCAACGAGAUGUCUCUGUUGCAGUCGAGGCGUGCUUUUUUCCAGUACUUGGAUUGUGUUCUUCGCAGGUUGACCCAGGAUCCAAAAAGCCAACAUGAAAAACUGAUUUUAAAAUUCAUCACUCGGUCGAGUGUCAAGACGCCAAAUUUCAUAAAGAAUUCGUACUCCCAAAAUAUAAUCGGCAAAGAUCGCAGCGCUAUGAUAUCGAAACUAUUGGCCGAUUAUCUGGAGGUCUAUUCCAAAGACACCGACGCCUAUCUGGACAACUAUCAGCGAUACGGAAUGAUUCCAAUGCAAACGUUCGAUGACUUUUUGAAUCAUGCCCAAGAGUCCGACCUUGAGUCAAUUCUGACUCUGCACACCAAUCUCACGCAAAAGCUACCGUUUCUCUACAGCCGUGGUUCGAAUACACAGCAACCAACCGUGCCACCAAUACCGACCGGAUCGUAUGGAUUUCUGAAGGCAUUGCCGAAUAUGGCACCGAAUGUAUUCAAUAAGGAGCUGGCUCGCAUCGAAAACUAUUAUCGGUCGUUGAGCAACGAUCGCAAUGAGCCGGUCGAAAAAGGUGUUACAAAGGUGUCGGUGAAACCGUUACGUAAGCGUUCCAGUUCACAAACAACGAUUCAUAAAUCGUAAAUGAAUGGAGAAGGUGAACGUUCCAAUUGACUUUUAUUUUAAUUCAAAACUUUUUUUUAGACGCCUUAUUAGUAUCUAAUGUCGUUUUAUUGACUAGAAAUUAUUGUUUGCUUCGUGUCGGAUUGACAAUUUUUUUUAAUUUAUGCAUCCAAAUAUGGAAGGCUCUGUACAGAGCCCGUUAAUUAAAUUUAAGCAUUUGUUCGCUAGUCAGAGUCAACAUUAAAUGUUUUUGCGAUUUUAGAAAUUGCGUACUUUUUUUAGAUGCAUUCGUUGAAUCAACAAGUUGAAAAAAACUAAACACUGAUUCAGGUCUAAUGACUAGGGAUGACACACUUCGGGAACAAAAAUGGAACAACUAGAAUUCAUUCGGAGAUGUUUAUCUCAUUUAUUGCAAUUGCUUCCAGGAGAUUGUUAUUCGUCGUCACUUGAUUGAUUCAGCCAAUUAUUUUGAUAAUCCAAGUUACAUAAUUACAGAUAAACUUUAAGGCGUUCCUUACCCUUGUUCUUAAGAAUGCUUCUGAAUUUCAAUAUUUAAAUUUCAAAGUCAAACCGGUUCCUUACAUCCUUCUUAAUAGAGCUAGUUGGGCUAAUCAAUUUUGUGUGCGAAUAGGCAAGUUGGAAAUGGCUCUCGUGUGGAUAACAAAAAAUCAUUCUCCAUAUGGCGGAAUUUUCAGAGAUAAUGAGGAAAUCAAGAAUUGACAUUACCGCGUCCACUUUAAUCAUUAGAUUGAUUUUGUAUUUCUUUAUUAAAACAUAAUACAUCGAAAGCUCUUGAAAAGCACAGACACCAAUGUGAUAUGGUGUUUUGGCUUAACAUGGCAGAUCAGUACGUAAAAUAUCAUGGCUUGUGACAUUGUCCAAUUGGGUUAAAAACAUUUGUUCCACGAGUUCAAUUAUUCAGUGCUAGUUGGUACUAACGAGGUAGGGUCUUUUCAGAGGCGGACUCUCGGUCUUCAAAAAUUCCGUCAUUUCCUUUGUAGUCGGUAUAUGAACUCCAGUCCCGUCAGAUUCUAUUUGUGGCGGCUGUUUUGCCGGAUCCUUUAUUAUAAUGGUAGAUCUAGAUAUUUAGGACAACUCUCAUUGAGGAUUCCUCAACUUCUAACAAAUCGUGCAUUUCUGAGUCAUGUUCUACACUUGCACCAAAUGGUCUAGCCGGAUUAUAUAUCGCUUAGAUUUAAACUUGAAAACAAUUUUAAAAGAACACCGUACAAUAAAGUCCCCUUUUCAACGUUCCAAAGAUUUAUUUACGAGAAUUCGGUCCUUUUGAAUGACUUUUUACUAAACUUUCUGACAUUAAGCUUGUUUGUGAAAAUAAAUAUCGAGAAUCGAUGCUUUAUAUACUCAAGAUUAUUGAA